CGCGGCUCGACGUUCGCCGACUCGGUACGUAUUUCGUGACAUUAUACCGCGGAUCCGUCGGAUUUUCGCGUUUUUCGCGCCUCAGCGUCGUGACCGUCGAGUAUUAGUGUGCGCCGACGAUCUUUAUCUACGUUGAACGAGGGGCAGCAUGUCCACAAGUGUUCGAACAGAUUAAAACCGAGGAAAAAGCAGCUAAGAAGACAGUGGCCGUGCGUGUACCAGGCAUGGAGUGGACUCAGUGCGCUCGUUUCAAAUCGUUACGAGCCGUUACCGCAGUCCCAGUCGAACCAAGGUCGCCGUGCAGCCGCGAGGAUGUGAGCAAGGAUGCACGCAGGAUGCACGCGUGAGAUCAUCGUGAUCGCCGGGAGAUGGCCGCGCGCGUUUCAACGUGAUCCCUCGAGGGAAGCAGGGAACGCGAGGGCCCGGCCACGCCGUCGAGCGAUGCACUGAGGGCGACGCCAGCGGCGCGCGUCUCGAGGAGAGGAUACACGAGAAGGAGGCAGCUAGGACAAGCGUUGGCGAGCCAGGACAAAGGAUGGAGGAGGUGCGAGGUUCCCCGGCGCGACGCCUCUCGCAGAUCCUCGACCCGAUCGCGCGGCUCGCGACCGAUUUCGGCUCCAACUCGGCCCCCUGCAGUCCGAGGCUAGGUGUACGGGGUCACGAGGCGACUAGCGUUGGCGGUGGUGGCAUCGCGCAAACGGGGCCAGCAGCAGCAGCAGCAGCAGCAGCAGCCGAGGUCGUGGUGGCGCGUAGACAACAAACCGGAGCGGAGUCGUCGUCGUCGUCGUCGUCGACGAGUCGAGGCGGCGGGCUGCCAAGCGGAGCGGAGAGUCCUCGACUCUGGCCAAGGCAAUUUCGCCAGGCGCCGGCCCCACCGCCGCGACCCAGACACGCCAACAACGCCAACAACAAUCACGCCGCGGCGAUCGCGGCCUCCGGAAGUCUUUCGGUUCCGGUGCAUGCCAGGGACUCGCCGUACGUGAACGUGCCGAAUUUGCUCUUCCAAAAGGAUAAUAACAAGGGGUUCGCGGACGCGGCGAGAAGCGCGGGCUACGUCGAGCUCAGGGACACGAAGCCAAAGUGUAGCCCGUACGAUUUCACGUCCGAGUCGAGCGGCCACGUGGAGUACGCGGACAAACGGACGUUCGCCGCGCAGACCGACUUCGAGGGCUCCUCCUCCGACUGCUACGACGUGAAGGAUCUGGCCGCGUUCGCCAGGGCCAGAUCGAACUUUGACCCCGGGCCGGCGCCACAGCGCAGCGCCCACUUUGACCGAGCUUACUCGUUCUCCGGCCGACAGCCGGAGCAAACUGGCAGAAUCUUCGCGGAUAAUCGGCUGUACGUGGAUCAGAGGAACGCCGUGGCUGCGGCCGCGGCAGCCAGCUCGGACGCGAAGAAGGAGAAGCUCGAGAGCAGACCCGCUUACGGCUCGUCCAAGAGCUUCGAUGGAUACUCGAGCGCGGUGGAGGAGCUUAAUUGGCAGGAGAGGUGCCUCGAGUUGCAGCUCGAACUGCACAGAAGCAGAAGCCAGGCCACCAGGGUGCGAGAUAUGCUUCGCGAGAAGCUCUCGGAGCUCGAGCAGCGGGUGUUGGAAGCGGAGGGUCGAGCCGACGAGGCGGAGGACAAGGUACGGAUGAUGGAGGAGCGGCUAGUGAAGGGUGAAUACUGCUUGAGCACUUCCGGCGUUGGUUCUCCACCGCAUUCGCUGCCGUCGACUUCCGGUACGCAGAAUGAUAAGAUCGAGGAUGUCCACUGCGCUUGCAUCUCGAAGCUAGAGACACAGGUCGAGGAACAGAGGCAGUUGCGACUCCAAGACGCGAGGCAGGUCGAGGCGAAAGCCGCGAGAAUUAAGGAAUGGGUGACCAAUAAGCUGAGGGAACUGGAGCAGCAGAAUCAACACUUGAGGGAACAGAAUAACAAAUGUAAUCAGCAGUUGGAACUGCUGAGGAAUCAUAUAACCAACAUCGGCCUGAAACCACCUGCACCCACAAGGGCAUCCCUCUCUCUGGAAGUGGACCCCACGUUACGCAGACGAUCGGAAAGCCUGGAGGGAACACCGCAGGCGGUACCGGAAAGCGUGCAGAGCGCCGUAGCGGAACCACAAACCGGCACCAAGCAUCGAAGACACCUGUCCGCUUGUGGAACUAUACAGCGAGGGAUCGCGACCACCAACAUGGACUCGAGCCUGCUAUCAGAGGAACUCGCUGCCGCUGUGGAAAACCUGGUCAUGUUGCCGAACAUACCCGGAGUCUCGGAGACCAGCAGAGACAGUGGGAGUUCGGAGGCUAUCCACGAUUACGCGGAGAUCUACACGCCGAGUAGGGAAGGGAUGAAUUGGGCUCAAAGCGCGCAAGGUCCUCGGCCACCUACUCCGCCCCUGCACCGAUUUCCCAGUUGGGAGGCUAAGAUAUACCAGGUAGCGGAUGGCGGGCUUGGCAUCGGUCCACCGACAAACGAGGAAUCCGCACCUUCCACGAUGACCAACACAACCAGCUCGUCGAAACAUUCCCAAGCGACAGGACACAACUUGACUGCGCACAACUCCCAAGGCUAUUGCGAUAUUUCAGUUCCAGUUUACGCAACGGUCAAGGGACGAGCCAGUCAAAUUAGGUCAAUGCCCUUUGGUGAUAGUUCCGACGACAGCUCGGACGGCGAAGAACAUCCGAAUCAAACGGAAACCAAUACGAGAAUCACCAACAGCUCGUCGGACAACACGGACUCUUCGCUUGGCAGCGGAAGUAGUCCGUCAAAGAGCGUUAAAACUACCAGCAGCCUUAGUCCCGCGAAGAGGAGCUCCAGUGGCUCUCCUAGUAAAAGCGUGAAACGUGAUACCUCGCUGGAAUCUGGCUUAUCGGAAGAUUACGCGAUACCUCCCGAUGCUCUUAGCUCGACCUCCCUCGAAUCCAGUAUGCCUAGCUUGCUGAUGCGAGUCUCUGGCGAGAGUCCAAAACGACAAGAGUCUUUGGAGAAGACCGGCCACCUCGCGAAACUCGGUGGUAAAUUAAAAACCUGGAGAAAGAGAUGGUUCGUGUUGAAGAACGGAGUACUCACCUACUGGAAAAGUCAGAACGAUGUAAAUCGAAAACCUCAAGGCCAAAUUGUAUUGGACGAAGUAUGCAGGAUAAAUAGGGCGGAAGGUGCGGCCACGUUUGAGAUAGCAACGGGGAAGAAAACGUAUUACUUGACAGCAGAUUGUAUCGCGACGAUGGAGGAUUGGAUAAAGGUGUUGCAGAACGUACAAAGGCGGAACGCGACGAAACUUUUGCUCAGCAAGGAAGAUAAUAAACCUACGAUACAGGGUUGGUUAACGAAAGUGAAAAACGGGCAUGCUAAGAAGUGCUGGUGCGUCCUUAUCGGAAAAAUGUUCCUUUACUUUAAGUGCCCUAAUGAUACGAAUCCUAUUGGACAAAUAAAUAUGAGGGAUGCUAGAGUGGAAGAGGUAGAGCACGUGUCCGACAGUGAUAGCGAGGAAAGGGACGCGGAAUGUCCUCACGAAAGGACAAUCGGCAUCUUUCCUACCCAUCAAGGCCCUACGUAUUUGCUGAUGCCCCAUAAGCAAGAUAAAGACAAUUGGCUGUACCAUUUGACAGUGGUAUCCGGAGGCGGACCUAGCGCGGGAACUCAUUACGAGCAGCUGGUGCAAAGAUUGAUGGAAACUGACGGGGAUCCUAGUUGUGUCCUUUGGAGACACCCGCUGUUGCUCCACACAAAAGAGAACAUCACUAGCCCACUGACUAGCUUGACAUCCGAAGCCUUGCAGACUGAGGCUAUCAAGCUUUUCAAGGCUUGUCAGUUGUUUAUGUCGGUGGCAGUGGAGCAAGCGGGCAUAGAUUACCACGUGGUAUUAGCACAAAACGCGUUGCAACAAUGCAUAGAUCAACCUGAACUACAAUCUGAAUUCAUAUGUGCACUGGUAAAGCAGACAAGUCGUCACACUCAACACCGUUUGGGCGUACAGGUAAAAAAGGCCGCCAGACUUGUGUCGCUGGGUACUGCGCGCGUUCAGCUCCUUCUCUGCGCCACACAAUCGCUGUUCACCUGCGAUACGCAAAGUCCCGCGGCAAAUGGCAGCGGUGAAAAUGCGGACGCACAAUCGACGGCCUCCACUUCUCACAGUCCUCCGCUCAUGCAGGGCCACUCAACCUCUACGAUUUUGGACUGCAAAACUAAUCCCGCCCAGUACGUUCUUAUCCAGGGAUGGCAGCUGCUAGCGCUCGCUGUUUCACUUUUCCUACCAAGAAACAAUCGACUACUCUGGUACCUGAAGUUACACUUGCAAAGAAACGCAGACACUAAGACGGAAUGUGGCAAAUACGCUGCUUACUGCGAAAGAGCGUUGGAAAGAACACUGCAAAAUGGCGGAAGGGAGGUGAAACCAUCGAGGAUGGAAGUUCUGUCGAUACUAAUGAAGAAUCCUUACCACCAUUCUUUACCACACGCGAUACCGGUUCACUUCUUGAACGGCACGUAUCAGGUUGUAAGCUUUGACGGUAGCACGACGAUAGAAGAGUUUCUAAACACCUUAAACCAGGAAAUCGGUUGUCGAGACGUUCAUCAGUCAGGUUUCACGUUGUUCAGCGACGACCCGAUCGAGAAGGAUCUUGAACAUUUCAUUGAUCUUCAAGCGAAACUUUGCGAUAUAAUCUCCAAAUGGGAAACCGCGUUGAGGGAGAAAGGUUCGGGGAAAUUUGAGAAUACCAGAGUGAUACAAUUAACGUACAAAUCACGGUGUUAUUGGAGACAGGCGGCCAAAAUGGAAACCGACAGAGAACGGCUUCUUCUGUGCUAUCAAGUAAACCAGCAGGUUGUACAAGGCAAAUUUCCAGUAAAUCGAGAACUUGCAUUUGAACUUGCGUCAUUAAUGGCACAGAUCGAUUUCGGAGAAUAUAAUAACGACAAAGCUCGAGGUAGCGGUCCGGGAAGCAAUCCGCAUCAUUUAGUACUCCAAGCCUUGGAUAAAUUUUAUCCCGUACGAUAUCGGACAAACAUUACCGCUGAGCAGUUAAGAGAACUGCAAGAGAAGCUGCAAGAGAAAUGGAUAGCGUUGAAAGGUCGCAGUGUAUUAGACUGCGUUCGUAUAUAUUUAACUUGUACCAGAAAGUGGCCUUUCUUCGGAGCUACACUCUAUCAAGCAAAGUUGAAACAAGCUGAACCGAUAACCGUUUGGAUAGCCGUUUCCGAAGAUAGUGUUACGCUACUGGAAUUACAAACAAUGGCAGUGAUGUGUCGUUAUAAUUAUGCAAAUAUAGUUACAUUCGGCGGAUGUUUAGAUGAUUUUAUGCUGGUAGCUUGCCCCGACGAAGGCGCAGCUGAACAAAAACUUUUGUUCGCACUUUCAAAACCUAAGAUUCUGGAGAUAACGUUGUUAAUUGCCGAUUACAUGAAUGCCUUGGGACACACUUUACCUGGUACUCCACAAAUGAAUACACUGACUCGUAAUGGUUCUCACAGAUCAAUUAAAUCAACUCUAAGACCUACAACUGGUUCGGGCUGUCUUCCAACACAACCAGAUAUCCUAAAAUCGACGCCAGACCACCAAAGACCUUAAAAAAGACUGGUCAAUCAAAUUGAGAAAAGGAAGCAGGGGAAUGUGGCACUUGGUUCAUGAAAGUCUGAUCCUGCCAAGGCACUAACUUUAUACUCAAAGGUACUACAGGCUGUAUUAUAAGAAUCCGCGUAAAACGACACACUGUGGACGACGCUCAGCAACGUGUGCGCUGUAGUUGAUUUUAGUUGCGUUUUGUGUAAAUUAGAGAUCAUGCUUGACAGACAAGGUCUUUGUGUACAUACUUGACAGCAUGCAAAACUAUGUGGUCCACGUUACGCGAUUUUAACGUGGGUGACUGAAAUUUAAUCGAAAACGAUCUGCAACACUGCCUAAAGUAAAUUAGUAUGUCUGAAAUUACAUCGAAUAGUUUCAUUAAAAAAGCUAAAGCAUCAUGCUGAAACUUUUUGCUACCGUAUUUAUAUACCAAAUUCAAAACAUUUAGCAUAAGGUAACUAACAGAAGUGGUGUAUCACAUAUGUAUAUAAUUAAUCGGAGUUACUGGAUGUUUAGAAUCUAGUGAGUGAUGCAGCGACAACCUUUGUCUUUAAUGUGAGAGUACGCCGACGAAAUUCUUAUUUCUUGCCAAAUCAAUCGCAAUAAACAAACAAUGAGCUGCAAUUAACUGGUAGUUAUAAACGAAAA